GAAUUGGUUACUUAAUUUCCCCUGUAUAGAAAUAUGUGUACUUAAAACCAUUUAAAACCCGCGAGCGAAAUAAAUUACUUGAAGACAAACAGUCAUUGCCAAAUUUUAAACGGGUGUUCAAUAGGACUAUUAUCAAAAUAGAAUUACUCAGAGUCUUUUUAAACCGAAUUCAAUGAUUAAAAGUUGAAGUUCUUCAAUUUUGGUGUAUACAUUUUUAAUGACACCUAUGAAUGGAUAAAGGAGUAUUUAUUAUGUGAACGUGACGUCGAAGAUACAGUUUAUUAUACAGUGAUUUACAUUUAUACCUUCUCGUUCGUUUUUUGGAGAAUAAGUUACUGUGGCAGACCGGUGGCCGCUUACCGGAAGAAAAAGAAAAAAUUGUUGAACAAUGCAUGUGAUCAGCCAAACCCAAACACAUCAGCCAAGGGGUUCAAUUGCAGUACCAGGGCGAGACGGGUAUCUCUCGCCGGAUUACCAUCACCAUUCGCCACAUUCGCCGCAUUUUUUGCGAAAACAUCGCCGGAAUGCUUCAUGUGAUUCCAGACGGUCCGAACUGAUUCCUGAAAGAAGUGAGCCUGAUACUGACCACGAAUCUGUUUGUUUGAUAGAAAAGCCAGAGUUCCUGGAAACUGCAAGCUUAACUGAUGGUCAUAAUUGCAAACAAGAAGAAUGCGAAAGGAUAAUUAUCAAUGUCAGUGGUCUCAAGUUUGAAACACAACUUCGAACACUCAAUAGACUUCCGAACACCCUUCUAGGAGAUAAAUUUAAAAGAGAAUAUUACUGGGAUGCUAAGCGGAAGGAAUUUUUCUUUGAUCGACAUCGACCAAGUUUCCCCGCUAUUUUGUAUUUUUAUCAAAGUGGUGGAAGGCUUUUAAGACCUAUUGAAGUUCCAACUGAUGUUUUUCUUACCGAGUUGCAGUUUUUCGAACUUGGGGCCACUGUUAUAACUGCUUAUAAGGAAUCUGAAGGUUUUUUAAUUGAAGAUACUGGACACGAAAUAAUGCCAAAAAAUCCUCUUCAAAGAAAGAUCUGGGAGCUUUUUGAAUACCCAACGAGCUCAAUACUUGCUAAAAUUUUUGCAUUGUUAUCCGUCAUUUUUAUAGUUGUUUCUGUUGUCAAUUUUUGUGUGGAAACUUUACCUCAGUAUGCAAAUAUGGGAUGUACAAAUGUUACACAGAUUCAUCCUGGAAAUGUAACCUCUCGUAAAGAAGUUCCUGUCUUUGUGCAGCCCCUUUUUAUCAUAGAAGCAACAUGCAUGUCGUGGUUCAUUAUAGAGUUAAUAUUUAGAGUCAUCAGUUGUCCUUCUAAAGUACUUUUUAUAAAAAAUUUCGUCAACUGGAUUGAUAUAGUUUCAAUCAUGCCGUUUGUUGUAUCGUUAGCCAUGCUGUUUAUAACUGGAGAAUGCGAGGGAUCGUCGAAAACUGGUGCUAUAUCGGUUCUUAGGGUUCUGAGAGUUGCAAGGAUACUAAAAUUGAGCAAGCAUUCUGAAGGACUCCAACUUCUAGGUAAAACUUUAAGAGACAGUGUACAAGAACUUAUGAUGUUCGUUCUUUUCCUUGGAAUAGGAAUUGUUAUAUUUUCAGGUGCUAUUUUCUAUGCAGAACUAUCUCAAGAAAACACGCACUUUACUAGCAUUCCCGGGUCGUUUUGGUGGGCAGUUGUAACCAUGACAACUGUCGGGUACGGAGAUAUGUAUCCGGUUGGCAUAUUUGGAAAGAUUAUUGGCACUUUGGCAGUUUUGUGUGGAUUGCUGUCAAUUGCAUUACCAGUACCUGUAAUCGUUACAAAUUUUAGUAACUAUUACCGAGCAUCUACGGGUAGAGGUGGCUUUUGAUAUUUGAAAGUGUCAAACAGAAAUGUCUGUCAAUGUAUACACUUAAAAUGGUAUAAUGCAUUUAAAUUCUUAUAUUGAGAUUCAUUUAUUGUUUAUUUUGACAAAUGAAAACUGAACGAAAACAUUUAUAUCUAAGAAAGUACAAUCGAAGUAAGGAAACUUUGAUAUGCAUUAGAAUAAAAUCGAAAUCAUUUUAGGUAAUAUAUUCUGGUUUACCAAACAAGCAGCAAACUUAUUUUAAUUCAUGUUGGAUCAGGCAUUCAUUAUGCAAGAUUAAUAUUUCAGUAUAUUUAACUUAGCUGGGUUACCAUUUUAAUUUCUACGGAUUAUUUUGUUAUAAUUAGUCUACUUCAACAUUAUUCUAAUCCUGCCAUUUCUUAGUGGAAGUUUCAAAAACAUUGCGUCACAUGGUUACUAUUGUUCGACAUUAUUUGCUAAAGGAUAUUUAAGUUUUAAUAAAGGUUUUCCUUGUCAAAAACUUUGUAUAAUACCAUGCAGUGUAAUAUAAUGUCGUCUUAUUUGUGUGCUUCAAUUAUUACAUACACACAUAAUGUCUUGUACAAUAGUGUUUACGUAAAUGGAAAUGUACAUUCGUUUCACACGAAUUGUAAAAAGAAAAACUCAUCAAAUUUUGUAUUGUGUUUAAGUUAUGAAUGAUUCUCGUGUAUUUUCAUUAAAGAUUUCAGAUAUUAAACACAUUAUUUAAACACUUCUGGCAAUUUUACAAUAUAGUAUAUUUAGGACUAUUGUCAUGUAAAACUUUUUAUAACUAUAGCCGUACAUGUUAUAUACUUACAUUUGGAUAAAAGUAGAUGUAUGGAUUUGAUGUAUCAUAUGUUGUAAAUGUAUAUAUUAUAAAUGCAAUUCAAAUCUAUAAAUGUUGCUGGAUUGCGAAUUACCAAUUAGUAUUAAAUAAAUUUUCAGGUUAAAGUUUUAUAA